CUGUCUUUUAAUAUUCAAGAGUCAUAUUGGGCUUAUCUAUUGACGACGGACGGUAGUCAGGAAACUGUCAAGACGACGUGGCGUAUUUUCAUUGGAUUGAGAACGGCUGACUUGGCAUAGUUGAAAGCAGAAGCCAUGUGCUUCGGGCCACAAUCGAGUGAGGAGAUAUCGAGGGAACACGAUCUUCUUCUUUCUCUCUUACCUACUCGCUUUCUCUCUCACUUCGCCGGCGGCGAUCAAUUCGAACGGAAUUUUUGCCGGAGAAAACGGUCACCACUGGGAGGGGAAUUGUGCCGAUAUGAAGAUAUUUGUGAAAACUCUCAAGGGGACUCACUUUGAGAUCGAAGUUAAACCCGAGGAUUCGGUUGCUGAUGUGAAGAAGAACAUAGAGACUGUACAGGGUGCGGAUGUAUAUCCUGCUGCGAAACUGAUGCUUAUUCACCAAGGUAAAGUUCUUAAAGAUGAGAAAACAAUUGAGGAGAACAAAGUUGCUGAGAACAGUUUUAUUGUCAUUAUGAUGGCCAAGAGUAAACCUGCUUCAACUGGAGCAUCUAGUGCAUCUGCUGGCACACCGCAGGCCAAGUCAAUACCACCCUCAACAUCACAGCCUUCAGUUUCUACUCAGACCGCUGCUUCUGUAGCAACACCAGUGGACCCUGCACCGACACGUCCGCCACCACCUGCACCGACACCGCUGCCCACACCUGCAACUGAAACUGUGAAUGUACCUGAACCUGUGCCUGUAGCUGUAACUGAACCUGUGCCCGCAAGCACUCCUGCAGCAGACUCGGCUCCUGUGGGAAGUCAAGGUGAUAUUUACGGACAAGCAGCAUCAAAUCUAGCCGCUGGAAGUAAUUUAGACAGUACCAUUCAGCAAAUUCUUGACAUGGGUGGAGGAACCUGGGAUCGUGACACUGUUGUUCGUGCACUCCGUGCUGCAUUUAAUAACCCUGAAAGAGCUGUGGAAUAUCUUUACUCUGGGAUCCCUGAGCAAGCUGAAGUUCCAGCAGUUUUCCGUGCUCCAGCUAGUGGUGGACAGCCAGCAAAUCCUCCAGCACAGACUCAGCAACCCGCAGCAGCACCCGCAAGUGGUCCUACUGCAAAUCCGUUAGAUCUCUUCCCACAGGGCUUGCCAAAUGUUGGCGGAAAUCCUGGUGCCGGAACACUUGAUUUCCUGCGCAACAGCCAACAGUUCCAAGCUCUGCGAGCGAUGGUGCAAGCAAAUCCUCAAGUUCUGCAGCCUAUGCUUCAGGAACUGGGAAAGCAAAACCCAAACUUGAUGCGGUUGAUUCAAGAUCACCAGGCUGACUUCUUACGCUUAAUAAAUGAACCUGUUGAAGGAGGUGGUGAGAGUGGCAAUAUCCUUGGCCAAUUGGCGGCGGAGAUGCCACAGCCACAAGCGAUUCAAGUCACACCUGAGGAACGCGAAGCAAUUGAACGGCUUGAAGCAAUGGGAUUCGAGAGAGCACUAGUAUUGGAAGUGUUCUUUGCGUGCAACAAGAACGAAGAGUUGGCUGCAAACUAUCUUUUAGAUCACAUGCAUGAGUUCGAGGAAUAAGCUUCUACAGUAAAACUUACCUUUCUCUAUUCUUGUCAAUGGUCCAUAUGUUUACCUAUAUAUAUAUUUGUGGGAUGCCAAAUUUGAACCAGAGACGACAUUUCCUUGGAUCUCCGUCACUUUGUCUAUGCUCAUGGCUCAGUUCUCAGUUUAAAAUGGAGCUUCUCUGCUCUUUCUUUGUAUUGUCUUUGAUCGUCGUUAGUCCCUACUUUUACAAAAUUGUAAUGUUUAGUAUAUGUAUCUAAAUAGUAACAAUAUAUAUAAAAUUAAUGUAAGUUAUCCUCA